CCCGUUUGAGGAGUGGAGCGGUGGCGCCCGCUGUCCCCCUCAGUGGGGCGCUGGCGCGCGGGGUAGAGCGACCUGCUGUCUGUGGGAGAGCCGCGCCCGCCUCAGCAGGGAGGAGUGCUCUGCGCGGCUGGCGAUGAGCAGCGCCGGGGGCGAGGGGCCUGAGGCCGGUACUGGCCGGGCUGGGGGCCGUUCUGAGCCCGAGGCCCCGGGCAGCGCGCUGAGUGUGGACUUGCCCGGGCUGCUGGGGCAGCUGGCGCGCAGUUUUGCGCUGCUGCUGCCGGUGUACGCCCUCGGCUACCUGGGGCUGAGCUUCAGUUGGGUGCUGCUGGCGCUCGGGCUGCUCGCCUGGUGCCGCCGGAGCCGCGGCCUCAAGGCCAGCCGCCUGUGUCGCGCACUGGCACUGUUGGAGGACGAGGAGCAAGCCGUGCGCCUGGGAGUGCGAGCCUGCGACCUGCCCGCCUGGGUUCAUUUUCCAGACACUGAAAGAGCAGAAUGGCUAAAUAAGACCGUAAAGCACAUGUGGCCCUUUAUUUGUCAGUUUAUUGAGAAGCUCUUUCGAGAAACCAUAGAGCCAGCUGUGCGCGGAGCAAAUGCCCACCUCAGCACCUUCAGCUUCACGAAAGUGGAUGUGGGUCAUCAGCCCCUUAGAGUCAAUGGUGUUAAGGUUUAUACUGAAAAUGUAGACAAAAGACAAAUUAUUCUGGACCUGCAGAUUAGUUUUGUAGGAAAUUGUGAGAUUGAUUUGGAGAUCAAAAGAUAUUUUUGUAGAGCUGGUGUGAAAAGUAUACAGAUCCAUGGGACAAUGCGGGUGAUCCUGGAGCCCCUGAUUGGGGACAUGCCUUUAGUUGGAGCUUUGUCCAUCUUCUUCCUUAGGAAGCCACUUUUAGAGAUUAACUGGACAGGACUGACUAAUCUUCUGGACAUCCCUGGACUAAACGGCUUAUCUGAUACUAUCAUUUUGGACAUAAUAUCAAACUAUCUAGUACUUCCCAAUCGAAUCACCGUUCCUCUUGUCAGUGAAGUUCAGAUAGCACAGUUGCGGUUUCCCAUACCAAAGGGUGUCCUAAGGAUUCAUUUUAUUGAAGCUCAAGAUCUUCAGGGAAAAGACACCUACCUUAAAGGCCUUGUCAAGGGAAAAUCAGACCCCUAUGGAAUCAUCCGGGUGGGCAACCAAAUCUUCCAGAGCAAGGUCGUCAAAGAGAAUCUUAGUCCAAAAUGGAAUGAAGUAUAUGAGGCUUUAGUCUAUGAACACCCUGGACAAGAAUUGGAGAUUGAGCUCUUUGAUGAAGAUCCAGACAAGGAUGACUUCUUAGGAAGUCUUAUGAUUGAUCUUAUUGAAGUUGAGAAGGAGCGCCUUUUAGAUGAAUGGUUCACUCUGGACGAGGUCCCCAAAGGAAAGCUACAUUUGAAGUUGGAGUGGCUUACACUGAUGCCUGAUGCCGCAAACCUUGACAAGGUGCUGGCAGACAUCAGAGCUGACAAGGAUCAAGCCAAUGAUGGCCUUUCAUCUGCACUGCUGAUCUUGUAUUUGGAUUCUGCAAGGAACCUUCCGAGUAUCUACGAGGGAAACUUUGGGUGUGGCUACUUAAAAGAGAGGCGAGCGUCGGGACUAGUGUUUUGUGAGAAUACUACCUCAGUCUAUAGAGCACUAUUUUCAGGGAAGAAAAUAAACAGCAACCCAAAUCCUCUUGUCCAGAUGUCAGUCGGUCACAAGGCUCAAGAGAGUAAGAUUCGAUACAAAACUAGUGAACCCGUAUGGGAGGAAAACUUCACUUUCUUCAUUCAUAACCCCAAGCGCCAGGACCUUGAAGUUGAGGUCAAAGAUGAGCAGCAUCAGUGUUCUCUGGGGAGCUUAAGGAUCCCACUCAGUCAACUGCUUGCGAGUGACAACAUGACCAUAAACCAACGAUUCCAGCUUAGCAACUCGGGUCCAAACAGCACCUUAAAAAUGAAGAUUGCCCUACGGGUUCUCCAUCUUGAAAAGCAAGAACGGCCUCCAGACUACCAGCAUUCAGCUCAAGUGAAACGGCCCUCUGUCUCCAAAGAAGGGAGGAAAAUGCCUAUCAAAUCUCAGAUGUCUGCCUCACCAGGCACUGGUGGUACCAACACUGCUCCAUCAACACCAGUCAUGGGAGUCGAUGAUAAGCCUGCCAUGGAGGAGAAGCCCCAGCCCCCUGAGGCCAGCCCUCUUGGGCACCGUGACCUAGGCAGGAGCUCUUCUAGCCUCCUGGCCUCUCCAAGCCACAUUGCAGCCAAGGAACCCACCCCAAGCAUUGCCUCAGACAUAUCACUGCCCAUUGCCACUCAGGAGCUGAGACAAAGGCUACGUCAGCUUGAAAAUGGGACAACGCUGGGGCAGUCUCCUCUGGGGCAGAUCCAGCUGACUAUCCGGCACAGCUCCCAAAGGAAUAAGCUCAUCGUGGUUGUGCACUCCUGCAGAAACCUCAUUGCCUUCUCAGAAGAUGGCUCUGAUCCAUAUGUCCGCAUGUAUUUAUUACCAGACAAGAGACGCUCAGGAAGAAGGAAAACACAUGUAUCAAAGAAGACACUGAACCCUGUGUUUGAUCAGAGCUUCGACUUCAGUGUUUCGCUGCCCGAGGUGCAGAGGAGAACACUGGAUGUGGCGGUGAAGAACAGUGGCGGCUUCUUGUCCAAAGACAAAGGGCUUCUUGGCAAAGUGCUGGUUGCUCUGGCAUCUGAAGAACUCGCCAAGGGCUGGACCCAGUGGUAUGACCUCACAGAAGAUGGGACAAGGCCACAGGUGAUAACGUAGCUACGCUGGACGUAGGCCUAUUUCUCAGUGUAUCGCGUGCCACCUCAACAUGGAACAGACCUUCUCACAGAUGUACCAAUGCUAUUUUUAUAAUUUUAAGUAUUGAGUUAUACAUACCUUAAUAAUUUUAUAAAACUUGGCAUUGUAGGAAAAUUUGGCCAAUAUCAUUGUUUAGUCUCCCUGUUGAGUUUCCUCCAGUGCCUCCCCAGGCACUGUGAUGUGUAGUGGUGGAGUGAUGGUUCCUGUGUGGAGCUCUGUCAGCCACACCUCACCCGCCGGGAAGCAGGCACCUGCACUUGUUUCUGCCUUGUCCUGCGUCCUGGAGGUGCACUACACCAUGUAAAUAGAUUCUUUUUUAUAAUAUCUACAUGCUGGUUUGGAUAAAGAAGAAAAUGUAUUAAGGAAAUACAUAUUUUCUUCCAAGAUUUAUUAAAUUCUGUGACAAAUAAUCAUUUUCAUCUUUUCAGCAAAAAGUUCUUAUAGAUCUGCUGUGUGGUAUGGCUUUUUUAAGGGAAAAAUGGAAAGAUUAUUAAAUAUAGAAUUUUUAUGUCAAUGAUAAAACAAACUUCAAAUUAUUAACAUUAUUAUAAAUAGGAAAAUACAGUGAGAAGUCAGGGAAUGGCUUAUUUAAAAAGUCGUAUAACUGAGUAAUGGACAAUACCAAGAGCAUUGCCAAGGCUCUUGAGAAUCACAGUAUACUCAUCUGAAAUUUAUUACAUAAGAAAGAAAUGUGCUGUUUAUUUGUGUAAUUGUUUGUUGUAACUGAUUCAUAGUACAUUGAAUAGUACAGAGAGAUACAUACGUGCUAGGUGUUGUACCUCACAUCUGUAAUCCCAGGGUAUGGGAGGCCAUGCCAGGAAGAUCCAAGUGUUAAAGGUCAGCCUGGGCUAUAUAGCAACAGAAAAAGAAACAUACUUUAUACUUUGCCCAAAGCAUAGGAACUAAUCUCCAAUAUUAGGGUAUAAGAUGUUAUCAAGAUUGAUGCAAGCCCAAGUUGUUUGUCCAUGUGUCUAACCGUGUGAAGACAGGUCUGCUACUGUAAAGUGGUGAAAUGGGAUGGAUGUGCAACAAAGGUGUUGUGCUUAAGAUUAGCACUGCACUUGCUCUUGAUGGGAGAACCUGGCCCUAAACUCACACACAGGAUACACCUCUGGUCGAGCUUCCUGUGCGUCCCCGAUACAUGACAAAGUUCCUGAGCAAUGUCCGCCAGCAGCCGUCAGGCUUGCCGUUUUCUGGAUAUCCUCUUUUUGUGCCAUGCCAGAUGUUAAUACAACUUUUAUUUUGUAAUCCUUUUCUUUUUAGAUUGGGAAAAGCAUGUUUUACAUAUGUAAGAGUCCCCAGAGCUCUUCUGGGGUGAGGCUAUGUCACAGUAUUAUAAGCUAUGCAUGUCUGUAAACAAAAGAUGCACAAAGGAAGGCUUUUUUCAGUAUGCAUUUAACCUCCGGGAUGAAAAGGGCUUCUCAGCUGUAAGAGCAUUUAAAACUAUGUACACUUAUAGCAGGAAAAUACAGCUUUGUAAUCAAAAUUGGAGUAGUUCCAUUCACAUGCUUCCUGGAACUAAACAACCUACGGGAAGCUUAUGUGACCAAACAUACCAAAGUGCCUGUGCUGAAUACAGAGUGUCCUUUUUACACUCUCCUCUUGUCUAGAAGAUGAAGUGUGCCUCAGUUUAUAAUGUACCACGUGCAGUUGUAAUGGAAUCUGGCUCUUCACAGCACAUCCAGGUAGUUAUAAGGCCAGAGUAAUCCCUCUCCUGCCAUUUGACAUCUCCUCUGUAUCCAGUUUAUAAAUCUCUUUUCAUUGGUGAGCAGAAUUGGGAGAAAGUUUAUGUGUAUGUACUCACAAGAACAUAUAUGCACAUAAAAUAUUCAAGGGUAGCAUUUUUAAUUGCAGGAGAAAGGCAGGUAAUAUCCUAUUAAAAAUAGUGGCUUGACCAUGGUAUUAGAUGUUUUUCUUAAGGUCUUUUUAAUUAGGUGUGUUGAAGGGCUUCUGUCUACAAAGGAGAUUUCUCUUUUUUUUGCUGAAAUUUUAUCAUGUCAGUGUUUUUUCACCAACAACCUAUCUAUCUUAGUUUUGUACCCAUAUACUUAAUCUAUUCAGUGUGUAUUGUUUAAUGAAAUGCUUUUCAUAACUAAUUAGGCAAAUUGACUCUAGUUAAGGGUACAGUACCCUAAUAAGUCAGUGUGAUUCCCCCUGUACAUCAUCUGAGUCUUCAAGUAGCAUCUCCAGUCUAUGCGGAAAGGAGAGAGAAGGUCCAGUAAUGCUAGCCCACCUGGUUGUAGUUCUGCGUGCUGCAUGAGGAGGGCUGACUUGCCAUCAAGGCACACUCCAGUGUCCUGAAGAUAUAAAAUAUUUUUAGUUCUCAAAAUGUUAACUUUUAGUUUUUAAUGACUUAUCUAAGAAAAAAGAAUGUUAAGUUUUCUACUUUGAGCCAAACCAAUGAGGGAAAUUAGUGGUUUGAAGUACAGCUCUGCUAACUUAUUCAUGUGGUGGCUCGUCCUGUGCCUUAAAGUACAAAGGUGUUUUCAAGUUUCAGAUGAAAACAGAAGCAGCCUUGCAACCAUAUUUCCCACCAUUUGUAUUUUGCACUCUGUAUGUCUUGUACAGGCAGUCUCUAUGCAGAGGUGUUUAGGAUUAGUUUAAAAACCUCAGGCAGUUGCGGAGAGUACCAACUGCUGCAACGACCGGUUCCAUCUAGAUUGCCCACUGUAGAGGUGGACCACAGAGGGUGGUAUUUGUUUUUGUUUGUUUUAGUCAUAAAAUGUCCUUUUUGCUUAAUUUUAUAUAACAGCACAUGUAUUUAUUCAAUAAAACUUUUAUGUUAGUGUA